AGUGACUAGCGCGCAUGCGCAAGCUCGGUGUGUACGGAAGAGCUGCAGCAGCAUGGUGAACGGUGUCAACUGAAAUGAUAAAACACGUUUUCUUGACAGGACCUCCAGGUGUGGGGAAAACCACUCUGGUUCAGAAAGCCUGUGAUGCUUUAGUGUCAUCAGGAGUUGGAGUUGAAGGAUUUUACACAGAGGAGGUCAGGGAGGGAGGCCGGAGAGUUGGCUUUGAUGUCGUCACAGUGACGGGAGCGAGGGGCCACCUGUCCAGAAUCAGAGACAUAGCUGGUGCAUCUCAUGGCAGAAGGGAAUACACAGUUGGGCAGUAUGUGGUUGAUUUGCCUUCAUUUGAAAACCUGGCUCUCCCCCUCUUCAGGAAGGUAGGGUCAGCAGAUGGGGGCGGCAGGAAGGUGUUUGUCAUUGACGAGAUUGGGAAAAUGGAGCUCUUCAGCCAGUCAUUCAUCAGGGCAGUGAGGCAGACUUUAGAUAGCUCCUCCUGCACCGUGCUGGGCACCAUCCCCAUCCCCAAGGGUAAACCACUGGGUCUGGUUGAAGAGGUGCGGAGCAGGAGAGAUGUCAAGGUCUUCACUGUGUCUAAAGAAAACAGAAAUGCCAUUCUACAAGAUAUUCUGUCAGCACUACAGGACUGUCUAAAACCUCCAACCUAACGUGGAGAUUCAGAACCACUAAAAGGGGAAAACCCUGCAAUUCCUGUGUGUGUUUCUGCUGACAACAUGUUUCCAUGCAUAUACAGUACAAGCGCACGCAGCCAGGCUACUCAGAGGAUCCACACACGCUUCACGACAGGGUUGUGACCCAACCUAAAGGGCAUCCCGAGCUGCUGGAAGAGUUAGUGUGUCACAUGUACACAAUUCAUUUCUUUUUUCUUUCUCAUACUGCCUCAAAAUGGAUUGCAUGCUGAAUAAUUGAUUAUGAGAUGGAACGCAGCGGGUUGAGUUGUUCAGUUAGUGUGUAAAUACCCCCUGUGCUCUCAGAGUCAAGCGCCCGCUAGUCCUCAAAACAGCUCUGUUCUAUUUUUAAUGCAGCUGCUGACCAUAAAGAUUUACCUCCAGCAGCCAUUUUGAUUUGUUCAUGAAGACAAGUGGUGUUUUUUUUUUUUUUUUUAAAUGGACCCUGCUCAUAUGUUUAGUUCUUUGCUAUGUGAGCCUCCUUGUGUUAGUCUAGUCUACAUGUGGAUGUACUCAUUGAAAAUCAAUCAAUAUUUAACGGUGUAACUAUGUCCAAUCUUUUCAUGGUUUAUUCAUAUGAUAACAUGAACAAAAAACAUUUGAAAAAUAAACAGAUGUUGUCUUCAGUUA